AUCGUAUGACAAAUCAUUCAUUUUUAAUAAAUCUCGUGAGUUGAAUUUAAUAUAAAAGGCAUCAAAUGGACAUUUUGAGUAUGAAUUCAUUGUUGAUAUAUCAACAAAAUAUUGUUUAAUUCUACGUAGGUAAGUCAGGAUUUAAACUGAAACUAAAUAGAUUGAACGCGAUGCAGCUGAUCAUUAUUUUAGGUUUGUUUGCGGUGGCAACGAGUUACUCUCUGUCCAUCAAAUCUGAGCUGGAUGAACACUGGGGGCAUUUCAAAAAAGCAUUUGGAAAAUCGUAUAAAGAUUCAGAGGAAACAAGAAGGCGUCUUAUAUGGGAGGAGAGAAUCACUUCCAUUUCCAACCACAACCUUAGAGCUGACAUGGGAUUUCACACCUACAAAAGAGGACUCAACAAAUACUCAGACUUGACCCACGAAGAAUACAUGAGUACUCUGAAUGGUUUUAGAGUCAGGAACGGCAUGAAAAAAAAUGUGACCUCUUGGUUUCGCUCGAUCAAUGAUCAGGUUCCAAAUCAAGUGGACUGGAGGGAUGAUGGAUUGGUGACUUCUGUUAAAGAUCAGGGUUCAUGCGGUAGUUGCUGGGCCUUCUCCACAACCGGCUCUUUAGAAGGACAACAUAAGAAGAAGACUGGAAAAUUGGUGUCACUUAGUGAACAGAAUCUUAUAGACUGUGUUACAGAGAAUAACGGGUGUCACGGAGGUACCAUGGAUGUAGCAUUUGAGUUUAUAAAAAAAGAAAAUGGCAUCGACACGGAAGACUCAUAUCCUUACGAAGAAGCUCAAGACAGCUGUUUGUUCAAGCCAUCUGGAGUAGGAGCCACAUGUACAGGACAUGCUGCCAUCCCAACGGGAAAUGAAAAAGCCUUGAAACAGGCAGUGGCCACCCUCGGACCCAUAUCUGUGGCGAUCGAUGCUCACCAUGAAUCAUUUCAUGACUACAAAAUUGGUAUCUACGAUGAACCUAAUUGCGGAAAUGAAUUGUCCGAUUUGACCCAUGCAGUUCUGGUCAUUGGGUACGGUACAGAAGACGGUGCUGAUUACUGGUUGGUCAAAAACAGUUGGGGUGAAUCCUUUGGAGUAAAUGGAUACAUUAAGAUGUCAAGGAACAAGGACAAUCAGUGUGGAAUAGCUACGUUUGCAUCCUAUCCGCUUAUCUGAAGACAUUUUGAGAAUUAUUCACAUAGAAAUGUGAAUAAUUACUUGCCCUUUCAUUUAAAUUAUGUUCGGACUACAUAUAUUUAUUAUGUAUAUAUUACAUUUUAUUUAUUUUUUUCAUCAAUAAAUUUGUAGUU